CCCGGAGAAUAAACCUGUGCACUAAACCCCGGGAAAACUACGGGCUUCUUCUUCUUCAUGUUGUCUAUCGCCAGAAGAGUUCGGAGCUCUUAUCCUUCCCUGAAGUCCCUCACUCUCCAACUGCGGUCCGCUAAGAUCGAUGCCGGCUCACCGCCAUCCCGACGGAGGCGUUCCAAGCUAUCGCCUUCGACGUUGCUCAGGAAGGUGGACGAGAAAUCCGAGUGGUGGGUGGUUGACGGAGAAAUGCACGAGAUCGGCGAAAACGUGCCGCCGAGAGAACGGUUUGUAAUCCCUAGAGAGAACAUCCCCAAUAAGCGCCGUAAACAGCUCCGGGAACAGUUCAUGCGCCGCACUCGCCUUGUCCUCAACGAAUCCGUUCGUUUUAGCCCUUUCCCUUGUAAUUGAAUUUCUAUAUUCUCUGUUAAUUGGAAAUGUAUCUGUUCAUCCACAUAUGAUUAUUGCACGGGUGCUGAGUUUCGAAUAUGAGGUUAAGACCUAUCAAUAAUUCAUAAACAGGAGUCUUACCAAUGCGAGAAGCUGGAUUUUGUUCAGAUUUUGCCUCCACCUGCUAUUCUGCUAAAGAUGAUUCUGGUAAUAAGCAGGUUUCCCAUAAUUUGUGCUUAAUUGAUUUCAAACCUUGAUUAACAGGAGCAUGAACCAUGGUCCAAAAGGUAUAUGGAGCUAUAUAAUGAGCUGAGAGAAAAUUGGGAGAGGUUGUACUGGGACGAAGGUUAUUCUAAGAAACUUGGUCAAGACCAUGCAAACUAUGAUUCUGCUGAAGAUGAUGAUGAAGACUUUUCCCCUUAUAGGAGAAGCAAAUCUUAUACAGAACAGAUAAAGGGUCAUGGUUUUGUUAGGGAUAGGCAAGAUGAUAACUCUGAUAGGGUUCGGUUAAUCCGUGACAAGUUUGAGUAUGACAGAGAAAGAAGAACGAGAGAAAGAGCAUUUGCUCCAGUGAAUGAGGUCAACAAUAUUCAUAUGGAUUAUACAGCUUCAAAGAAUGAGCCGUUUGAUGCUAGGAGAUACAUAUCAGAUAGUGAGAGUGACUGAUCAAGGUAUAUUGAGCGGAUUUUGGAAACUGGGAAUAGUUUUACAUGUCUUUUGUAUCACAUGAUAUAUGAGAACUUACCAUUGUAGCCUGAUAUUCUCUGAUUCAUUGUACAUUAUAUAUGUAAGCACUAGGGCAAAUUUUCAAAUUUAUUACAAGUUUCCGUCUCUCACACCUUGAGGCUUGAGCAUAUUGAAGCAUGCUUGUGUUUCAUUAAAAAAAAAACAAUCACCAUGAUCGUUUUAAAUACCAAUUUUG